AUGGGAGAGAUAGAUUUCAUGGCCUCUCCUCAGAUCCACUAUAUCAGUGGUUCUGAGACCUCUCCACAGAUACACUAUAUCAGUGGUUCUCAGACCUCUCCACCGAUCCACUAUAACAUUGGUUCUCAGACCUCUCCACAGAUCCACUAUAUCAGUGGUUCUGAGACCUCUCCACAGAUCCACUAUAUCAGUGGUUCUCAGACCUCUCCACCGAUCCACUAUAACAUUGGUUCUCAGACCUCUCCACAGAUCCACUAUAUCAGUGGUUCUCAGACCUCUCCACAGAUCCACUAUAACAUUGGUUCUCAGACCUCUCCACAGAUCCACUAUAACAUUGGUUCUCAGACCUCUCCACAGAUCCACUAUAUCAGUGGUUCUCAGACCUCUCCACAGAUCCACUAUAACAGUGGUUCUCAGACCUCUCCUCAGAGCCACUCAGCGGUUCUAUGUAUUUGCUCUAAUCCAGAGCUAGUACACCCGAUUCAACUUGUCAACUAA